AAUGUCACAAAAUUUUCAAAGCCAAAAAGAAAAAGAACAAGCGCGUCGCAGAGUGAUGAGUUUCGGUGUUUGCUCCAUUGUAAAUCUGUACCGGAAAAGUUCCCUUGCUCCCAACCCGAUCACAAUAGAAACCACAAACCAUCGUCCCUGCACAACGAUGGAUAGAAAUUAGGCUGCAUUUGCCGUUCGCGGGUGUGUUUUGCCGUGUUGUUUUGCUUGCCCUGUGUGAUGGUUCGGAUGUGGAAGGAUUGAGGGGGUAGGUGGGAUGUAUUUGCCUCCCUCUUUACCAACACUGUAGCUGCCACACAACAUACACAAACAAAACUUGGCGGUGUAGCGUGUCGUGGUCGGAGGAAAGUCGGAAUGAAAAUUCGCCAAAUCGGUUGGUGUUAGCGCGCCUUGCAUGAAAACAACUGACCGCAGCAUUCUCCUGCUAGAUGCUUUAGUCCCAGUGCAGCUUUGUGGAUAGCAAUAGGUCGGCAACCGUUUUGUGGGGAAAAAAUGAAUUCCGACCCAGCGACUGCCGGGGUCAAUUUGGAGAGCCUCCAGAUUAAGGAUGAUCUGUUUAAAAGUGUAAAGUGCUAUAUCACAGGGACACUUGACCCGAAGAUAACGAAACUGCUCGAAGAUGGCGGUGUGACAAUGAGCAAGUUCAUGGACUUCAGCACACUGCUCGUGUGCGGAGACAACUAUGACGAGAACGAGAUUACGGAGGCGGGCGAACUGUACGACAUACCGACGGUAACCGAGGCAUGGGUGGUGGCCUCGGUACGGCUCGGCCGUUUAGCCUCGACCAAGGCGUACUUUCCGCUCAAGUCGGGCAUAUUUUGUGGCCUUCGGUUUGCCGUGACGCAGGUGGAUCUGCGCGAUCUGCGCAAGCUGUACGCGGUGCUCACGUUCCAUGGCGGCACGUUCAAUAGCCGGCUGGACCGUACCACCACGCAUCUGGUGUGUGGUAGUGCGCGAGGUCCGGCCUACACGAAAGCCCUUGCGUGCGGUACGAGCGUGCAGAUAGUGACGCCCGACUGGGUGUCGGACUGUUUGAAAACCAGCAGCCUCAAACCGCCGGCCGUGUACCAUCCGAGGCUGUUGCGCGAGCAGGUGUACUUCAAGCAGGCUGGACCGAUGGCGGGUCCGAAAGCGACAUCGGAAAAACAACCGCUGAAUAACAUUUUAGGGUUCGAUUUUGAGGAAGGGCUGGCGAAAACAGAAGUGCCGACGAACGGUAAAAAGGAUGAUCCCAAGCCUGGUCCGAAACAAGGGUCGCCUGUGACAAAACAAACGACCAGCGGUGCAAACGUGAGCCAUCUGCAGUCAGGAAAUCCGCGCUUUGUCAGGGCACAAGGCCCACAGCAGCAGCAGCAGCAGCAAAUCCAGCAGCAACAAUCACAAAGACUUCGUGGACCUGUACCCCAAAGUCCGAAUGUGCAGCAGCAGCAACAGUUGCAGAAAGCUCUACAACAGCAACAGCAGCAACAGCAGCAGCAGCAACAACAGCAACAACAGCAACAGCAGCAACAGCAGCAACAGCAGCAGCAGCAACAACAGCAGCAGCAGCAGCAACAACAGCACCAGCAGCAGCAACAACAGCAGCAACAGCUACAACAACAGCAACAGCAGUUACAACAGCAGCAGCAACAACAACAGCAGCAGCAACAACAACAGCAGCAACAAGUUACUAUGAGCACAACAAAUAGUAACAUUUUGCAGCAAUCGUUACAGCAACCGCAACAAAACGCCUCAACUCCGCAGACGCUGCAUCAAGCGAACAUGAACUUCCAAACCACAUCGGCCCCGAGUGGAACGAUAAUUCAGCAAAUAAUACAAACCCCUAUGCAAAAUAACUCCCAACAAGCCCCCCAGCAGCAAUCCCAGGCGGCAGGCAAGCAAAAUAUACAAGUCCUAUACAAAAGUGGGCCCAAUCAGCAGCAACAGCAGCAACAACAGCAACAACAGCAGUUGCAGCAGCAGCAGGCAGGUGGAGCGGCACAGAUGCAGCAACCUCAGUACAGCCAGGCUACCGUCACCACUACGCAGACCGGGCCGGAUGGUCAACAGAAGCAGAUCGUUCGACAAAUUACGAUCAAUCAAACUCAGCUGCAACCGCCAGGCCAGCAGCAGCAGCAGCAGCAGCAACUGCAACAAGGACAGCAAACGAUUCAGGUUUCGCAGUCGCAGCCACUGCAGCAGCAAAUAAUACAGGUGCAGCGCACGGGCAUGAAUCAGCAGGGACAGCAGCAGCAGCAGCAGCAGCAACAAAUUCAGUACCAGCAGGGCAAUCUAGGCGCUCCCUCUGCCCCGUCCGCCGCGCAGGGACAGAUGGCAAUGAUGGGUAAUAAUGGUCCGCAAACUCCAACCGGACAACAGGGCGGACAACCGAAGUUCAUACAGCAAACCAUCAUUCAUCAGCCCAUGGGAGCGAACUAUCAGACCGUAACGAAGCAGGUGGUUCUCGAGCAGCAACCACAAGAUCAGCAACAAGCGCAACCUAUACAACAGCAAGUGCAAAUGCAGUCGAUGCAACAGCAGCAGCAGCAGCAACAACAGCAACAGCAGCAACAACAGUUGCAACAGAUGCAACCACAGCAAAUGAAACCGGGACAACCACAGGUGGUGCAAAGAAUCGUCCAGCAGCAGGUGUUUCAAGGGCCGCCUGGGUCUGGGCAAGCUGGAGGCCAGAAUAUAGUCAUCAUUAACCAAUCCACCAACCAGCAGCAAAUCAUAUCCGGUCCUGGGGUGCAGCAAAUGAAUCCCCAGCAACGGCUCCAGUACAUGCAACAGAUUCAGCAACAGCAGCAGCAAAAACAGCAGCAACAAAUCAUUGUAAGCAGUGCGGGUCCGAUGACUUCCAACCCUCAGCAGCAGCAGCAGCAGCAGCAGCAACAGCAACAAAUGGUUCAGCAACGCACCAUUGUCACGUCUCAGGAUGGGGGAACCGGUGGUCAAACGGUAAUGCUGCAGCAAAGGCCACAAAUGAUGCAAGGUCAGCAACCCCAGCAACAACAGCAGCAGCAGGUGUCGCUUCAAGGACAGCAACAACCUAUGCAGCAGCACAUCAUUCAGACUUCUGCGGGUGGCCAACCGCAAACAAUAGUGGUGCAGCAACAGCAACAGCCAUCCAGCUCGAUCGUUCAACAAGGUGCCAUGGCACAGCAGCCCCAGCAGCAACAAUUGAUCAUAAAUCAGCAGCAAAUUAUUCAACAAACGGUUGUCCCUAACCAGCUGCAGCAACAGCAGUCACAGCAACAGCAGCAGCAGCAGCAUCCUCAGCAGCAGCAAAUAAUACAGCAAACGAUUGGACCCAACGGUACACAACAGAUGAUACAGCAACAGCAACCACAGCAGCAGCAGCUUCAGACCGGCGGCAUGCAGCAACCGAUUAUGCAGCAACAAAUCAUAGCGUCGAACGGAGGAGGUCCACCAACGCAACAGCAAAUGAUGGUAGUCGGCAGUACGGGCGAGCAGCAAAUGCUUCCCACAGGUCUUGGUGGCAACGAAAUGAUGCAGCAGCAGCAGCAACCGCAGACACCGACUCAACCACCGGGCACACCGCAGCCGCAAUGGACUCCCCAAAGCCCGCUGCAACAACAAGCACAAACCGGUGUAUCGUUCCAGACACAAUCUCCCCAAACACAAAUGCAGCAAUCUCCGGUCCAGCAGCAACAACAGCAACAGCAGCAGCAACAAGGAGGUGCUAUGAUUCCCUCCGGUGCGACCAUUGUACAGCAAACGAUCGUGCAAUCCCCGCAAGGGUUAGCGCCCGGCCAGCAGCAGUUUAUUCGUACCACACUAAGGCCGCCAAUGCAGCGGCAGCUGAUUCAGCUCGAUGCACAGUCCCGGGAGGAGUUGAUGAAGCUGGAUCCCGCCGGACAGCAGGAGUACAUUAACCGGCUCCAGGCUAAGCACACGCUGAUGCAGCGUCAGCAGGCCGCCUUUCAGGGCCGGCCGGGCCAUCCGGGUGCACAUCCGGGCGCCAGGCAGCAGAUCGUUAUUCGCAGUCCCAUGCCGCCCGGUCUGAACCAACAGCAGCAGGUCCGCUGGCUGCACCACCAGCAGCAACAGCAGAUACAGCAGCAGCAGCAGCAGCAACAGCAGCUCCAAAACGCUCGCCAAGUCGUGGUCCGACAGCCCGGUGCACCGGGGCUCAGUCCAAUUACGCAGCAAACCGUCGGUCCCGGCCCGGGCAUGGGAACGUCCUAUCCAAUCGACCCGAAUGCUACCCCAGCACAGCAGCAGCAGCAGCGCCUGCAGCAGCACCGCCUGCUCCAGAUGCAGCUGCAGCGUGAACAGGUGCAGAAAAAUCAACAGCAGGCAGCAGCUGCUGCGGCGGCGGCAGCUGCCCAGCAAGCCGGAUCGUCGCCGCUGCAGGGUCAAAUGAUGUCACCACGGGCGGCUGGUGGCUUCGCACCGGAAGUGGUAGUCGGAGCGGAUGGCAGCACGAUGGUAGUGCAGCAGCAAACGCUCGUAGGACCGCAGCAAGCGGCGGGAGCACAGCAUCCUCCCUCCUCGCAAGCGUCGAUCGAUGCGACCGGAGCGGCGGUAGGUUCGCUGCAGGCCGCACAACAGCAGCAGCAGAUGCAAAGCAAAACGAAAACCGCCCUGGCCAACAUGCUGUCCAGCCGGUUGGGCAAUGGAGGUACGGUACCGGCCGGUGGGGCCAACACGCUAGUCGACGGCAGCAGCGGACAGAGCGGUGGCAGUGCGGAACCUUCGGCAGCCGGUACGCUGCGGUUGAUGACGGCGCAGCAUAAUGCGGCACUGCAGCAGCAGACGAUGGGACGCUCGCCGCAGGAGCUGUUGGCGCUUCAGCAGCAACAGCAGCAGCAACAUCAAGUCCAGCAGCAGCAACAGCAACAGCAACAGCAGCAGCAACAAGCACUCCAGCAGCAACAGUUGCAGCAGCAUCAGCAGCAGGUUGUGCGCCGCACGCUCGGCAACAUUACCAACAGCGGGAUGCCAGUUGGGGCCGGUCCCAUGGUAGUAGGACCACCCGGUGGUGGUCCAGUGGUGGUGCAGACGGCGGGUGGCGGUCCCGGCAUCAUCCCGAUACCGCCCGGCGCCCCCGGCGGUCCCGGUGUGAUGAUGCAGUCGGCUGCGGCAAUGAAGGGCGGCCCGGCACAGUUCAGCCCCGGACGGCCGACCCCUUUGCCGCGGCCGCAGUACUACGGCCACAAUCCCAAUCUCAAGCUGCACCCGGAGCUGUUCCUGCUCGGCUGCACCUUCCACAUCAUCGAGUACGAUGAGCUGCACAGUGCGGCGGAGAUAGAGGAGUGGAAGACGAUCAUCAAGAAGCACGGCGGGGAGAUCGAAUCGCACUACGGGCCGAAGGUAACGCACGUGCUCUGCCGCACGCAGCGGCACGGCGUGGUGAUGCAGGCCAUCCGCGAUGCGAAACGCUGCAUCACCACCUACUGGCUGAACGAUAUCGUGCUGAAGCGCCAGCUGCUGCCCCCGUGGCAGGCGCUGCACCUGCCCACGCCGGCCAUCUUCGGCAACCAGAAGCCCGCCACCAAGCACAACAUGUCGAUCACCGGCUUCGAGGGGGAGGAGCGGCUGCGCAUCAAGCAGAUGAUCGAGGAGUCGGGGGCGCGCAUGACGCCCUACUUCUCCAAAUCGAACACCGUGCUGAUCUGCCGGCAGAACGAAAACCAGAAGUACAAGUUCGCGAAGGAGUGGAACAUACCGGCGGUCAACACGGUCUGGCUGAGCGACAUACUGCUGGGGAAUCUGAACGCGAUGCAGCAGUGCGACGCGCCGAAGUAUCAGCAGUUUACGCUCAGCUGCCACUUCCGCGUCGACUACAACCUGGUGAUGCAUUUGAUGACCGCCUGGAAAUCGCCGAUAAAUCUAACGCAGGAAUCGCACGAACGUGUGAAGCGCACGCUGAGCGAGCUGCCGCCGCCGGUUAGCGGAGCGAAGAAACCCCGCACCCUGCCCCCGAUGGAGCCGAUUCCGGCGGAGAUCGUGUGCCAGCGGCAGCCGGCGCCCGAUGCCAUACCGCACGUGCUGUUUUCGCAGGUCGACAACAGCGAGGGACUAGCGCACGCCGUAACCAGAACGCUCGGCGGCAAGGUGACGAACAACGCGACCGAAGCGACCCACCUAGUGAUGACGCGGGUCGCCCGCACGGUGAAGCUGAUCCUGGCGCUCGCGACCGUGCGCCAUCUGGUAAGUAGCAAGUGGGUGUCGGACAGUGCGGUGGCGGGCCAGUUUCUGCCGCUCGACAACUACCGGCUGGACGUGGGCGAGCUGAACGAGCAGUUCAAGUGCGACCUGCACCAGGUGCUGGAAGCGCCCGGCCGCGCCAAGCUGUUCGAGGGCAAGGUGUUCUUCGUGACGCCGCAGGUGAAGCCGGCCUGCAAGGAUGUGCGGCAGAUGAUCGAGCUGGGCGGCGGUGUGGUGGAGAAGAACCCGCGCACGAUCAAGCGGAUACGGGAGGCGAAUGCGGAGAAGCCGGGCAGCUACGUGAUCGUCAGCUGCCCGGAGGAUCGCAUCAUCAUACAGCCCUUCAUACAGAAGGCCAAACACGCGGUCUGCCAAAUCUGCACCACCGAGUACGUGAUGCAAUCGAUCAUGCAGCAGCGGCUGUGCAUCGAGCCGCACAUAAUCAAAUGGGAGCUGGGGUCGUAGGGGGGGCUGUGGCGCGCUCAACGAUUGUAGUGAGCGUAGGAACACACACACACACACGCAUACGCAUAGACGGUAGCACAGUAGAUCAUGCUGUGUUCGUGAGGAAAGGUGGAGCAUAACUAAUUGCAGGAAAGCAAUAAUUCAGGGACACUAAACCACCAAAUGGCGGUGUAUGUGUAGGUGUGAUGUGGGAAAGAUUUUAGUAGUGUAAUUAUCUAUUUUUAGCUUGGCAUUAGAUAAAGCCUAGAUUGUGCAGCGAGAGAGCCGUGCGAUGAGAAAGGGAGAUAGGCAGAAAGAGAGAGCAAUAUGACUAUCAAGCAGAAGCGUCCGUCACAGGAAGCCCAGCUCGUUUGUGAGGAACGCUAGGUGAUAAAGCGGAAAAGCUGAGCGGAGAAGCAGCUUCACUCACAAACCCCAACCCCAGCCGAAUAGAAAUGGUCAAUAGGAUGGUGUAAAUGUACCUAGAUUUUAAGGUUUUCUUCAAGUUUUCUUUUCAGAUUUUAGCGUUCCACAGAAGAUGAAUAAAAGAUUAUAGAUUUGAAUACAAUGCAA